AUGGGUGCUGCCUGGAUUACCCUCUCGAGGGAUUGGACGACGUACAAACUGGACCAUCGGUCGCUCGUCCACCGAGGCAUGACAAUGAUGUUCUGCGUGAACGCAUGCGCUGGCUCGAGGCAGUCUUCGCGAUUGCUGGCUAUUCCAAGGGAACUGCGCGAUAUGGUCUACGACCACCUCCUCGUCCAGGACCACAUAGCUUUGGAGUGUGCUAUCACGGGCGUCUCUAACCCUAUGAAUCGAAGCCGCGAUGAGCGAGACCUCCGCGAGCAAUAUCCGCUGAGACACCCUUGCGUAGGACGCUCCACCUGGCGAGUGCCAUUUGCCGAUUUCUACCAGCACUCUUGGUCCUCCUGGCCGCCGACACGUCCGGCCGUCGAGGGGGAAUUUAGCAUGACGUAUCAGGCCGCUAAGGGACGCCCGCUCCUCUACCUCCAGGUGAUGCUUGGGUGCAAGCAGCUGUACGUCGAAGCUCGCGAGAUUUUCUACAGCAGGAAUACCUUUUCCUUCACCAGGGACUUCCGGAUACUGACCGCUUUGCACUUUCUGCAGGAUCGACCGGCUGCGUCGCUUUCCCGUGUAUUCUCGUUGGAGCUCGCGUUGAUGGAAGAUGGACCCCCGCUUAACGAGCCGCGGUACACGUUGAGUUUGGACCGGCAUGGCUUCUUUCCAUCCGAACCAGAUUCAGGGAACUGCUAUCUGGUGUAUGCGUACGACUACUAUCCUCGGCUAUGUUCAUUGCUUGCUUCUUCCGCUAUGCAGCUGCGCGAUUUGCGCCUCGUCAUGGAGUCAUAUCAUCUCCUGCAGGAGCGGAACCCUAUUUCGAUCGAGCAAUGCCUCUCAGUCGAGGAAAGGAGCCCAUCUGGAGUUCCUUCUUGGCUCAACCCUCUACUCGAGCUCACAGGGCUCCAUGCAGUGUCGGUACGGUGGACGUCGAGCUGGCCGUUUCUGCGAAGGACUGCACGUUGCUUGGAUCUUCUCCGUCACCGGAUGUUGUUGGACGGUUGCGCCCAGGGAGAGACAACUGCGCCUGUCUCCGGGGGAGAGAUUGCAGAUGUCAGAGUCCGCAUGCUUGCUACCAACAACGAAAGCGAGGUCGACAUUGGCGCCGCGAUGAGCUACAGCGCUGUGACCGAUCAACUCAGCUGGCGGGUGUGCGGACUGCGAUUUGACGGCACGCGGCUUGUUGAGGCGAGAGAAGACGCGGAUGAGACGGAGAUAAAGACGGAUCAACAAUUCUUACGUGAGUUGCGGCAAGGCCACGGGUCAUUCGUCACCACGUGCUUUUGGGAAUCGAGCAGGACGCAGCCGAAUUGA